CAUGCGCAGUAAGUGACUGAUUCUCCGGACAGGGCGAAAUGGCGGCGUCAGCUGGCGCGGCGUCGCGGGGGUUAGCAAAGCGGCUGUUCAGACCCCCGGCGGGAGCGUGGCCAGCAGCUUGCCAAGCUCUUGCACGUAACUUUCACUUUACUGUCUAUGGAAAGAAGAAUGCAUCUGCUAAAGUUUCUGAUUCGAUUUCUACACAAUAUCCAGUAGUGGACCAUGAAUUUGAUGCUGUCGUUGUGGGUGCUGGUGGGGCAGGUUUGCGGGCUGCAUUUGGUUUGUCGGAGGCUGGAUUUAAUACAGCAUGUGUUACGAAGCUGUUCCCUACCAGAUCCCAUACUGUUGCUGCACAGGGAGGGAUCAAUGCUGCCUUGGGAAACAUGGAAGAAGAUAACUGGAGAUGGCACUUUUAUGACACCGUGAAAGGAUCUGAUUGGCUGGGAGACCAGGAUGCCAUUCAUUACAUGACUGAGGAGGCACCUGCUGCAGUUGUAGAGCUGGAAAAUUAUGGAAUGCCAUUUAGCAGAACAGAAGAAGGGAAGAUCUAUCAGCGUGCCUUUGGUGGACAGAGCCUUCAGUUUGGGAAAGGGGGACAGGCUCAUCGAUGCUGUUGUGUCGCGGACAGAACAGGACACUCACUGUUGCAUACCCUGUAUGGCAGGUCACUAAGAUAUGAUACCAGCUAUUUUGUUGAGUAUUUUGCCUUGGACCUCCUGAUGGAAAAUGGAGAAUGUCGUGGAGUUAUUGCACUUUGUAUAGAAGAUGGCUCAAUACAUCGUAUAAGAGCAAAGAACACUGUUAUUGCCACUGGUGGGUAUGGUCGCACCUUCUUCAGUUGCACAUCUGCUCAUACCAGCACAGGUGAUGGCACAGCUAUGGUCACACGAGCUGGCCUUCCUUGCCAGGACUUGGAGUUUGUACAGUUCCACCCUACAGGUAUCUAUGGUGCUGGCUGUCUUAUUACAGAAGGUUGUCGUGGUGAAGGAGGUAUUCUUAUUAACAGUGAAGGUGAAAGAUUUAUGGAGAGAUAUGCACCUGUUGCUAAGGAUCUGGCUUCCAGAGAUGUAGUGUCUCGUUCUAUGACCAUUGAAAUCCGUGAAGGAAGGGGCUGUGGCCCUGAAAAAGACCACGUAUAUUUGCAGUUGCACCAUUUACCACCACAGCAGCUAGCAAUGCGCCUCCCUGGAAUUUCAGAAACAGCUAUGAUAUUUGCUGGUGUGGAUGUCACAAAAGAGCCUAUUCCUGUUCUUCCUACUGUGCAUUACAAUAUGGGAGGUAUUCCUACUAACUACAAAGGGCAGGUAAUUACACAUGUGAAUGGCAAAGAUGAAGUAGUACCUGGCUUGUAUGCUUGUGGUGAAGCAGCCUCUGCAUCCGUUCAUGGUGCUAAUAGACUUGGAGCAAACUCUCUUUUGGACUUGGUGGUCUUUGGUCGUGCUUGUGCCCUUAGUAUUGCAGAAUUGUGCAAGCCUGGAGAACCAGUUCCCUCAAUUAAACCAAAUGCCGGAGAAGAAUCUGUUGCAAAUCUUGACAAACUACGAUUUGCCAAUGGAAACAUUAGAACAUCAGAACUGAGGCUUAAUAUGCAAAAGACAAUGCAAAGUCAUGCCGCAGUGUUCCGAACAGGCUCAGUACUACAGGAAGGCUGUGAGAAACUCAGCCACAUUUAUCGUGAUUUGGAUGACCUGAAGACAUUUGAUAGAGGUAUUGUGUGGAAUACUGACUUAGUGGAGACCUUGGAACUGCAAAAUUUGAUGCUGUGUGCUAUGCAAACUAUUUAUGGUGCUGAGGCUCGGAAAGAAUCUCGUGGUGCUCAUGCCAGAGAAGACUACAAGGUAAGAGUAGAUGAAUAUGAUUUUUCCAAGCCAAUCCAAGGGCAACAGAAAAGACCAUUUGAAGAGCAUUGGAGAAAACACACCCUUUCUUUUGUGGAUGUCAAGACUGGGAAGGUUACUUUGAGAUACAGACCUGUAAUUGACAAAACUUUAAAUGAAGAAGACUGUGCAACAGUUCCACCUGCUAUUCGUUCCUACUAAUGAUGGUUAGCUAUGUAAAUCAGCUUAUGUAAUUAUGUAUAUGUCUGCCAGAGCUUGCUGAUAUACAUGAACAUAUUAAGUAUUCUCUUAUUCAGAAAUCUACUGUUAUGUUAAUGAUGGUUGAAGAAUGCUGUCUAGAGAUUUCUCACUGAUGCUCUGUUCGGUGGCUAGCAUAUCAUCAUUAAACCAAGGUGCACAAAGCCGUACACGGAUUCUCUUUCAUCCCCCUUUGUCAAAACAUUUGAAGUGAACAUACAGAACUAAUGCCAAAAUAAAAUAAUCUAAAACA